AACAGAGACUUUUGUUCAGUGAUGAAUGAUGAAACCCAACCCAUUAUUUUUAUCAUGAUUUCCUAUGAAGCCUACAGCAGCACAACGCAGGAGUUCAACAUCACGAGUCUCCUCUAAACUUUAGUUCAUUGUUCAAGCAAUGUCAAGUGAUAGUCUUAGGGCAGAGCUAACCUGCGGAGCCUGCUGCGAGAUCUAUACCGACCCUGUUACCCUGCCUUGCGGCCAUAGCUACUGCCGGGCGUGUAUUGAGAAAACAUGGAACUGGCAGAAGGGGAUAGAGGAAGAUUCUUCCUGCCCAGAAUGCCGACAGACAUACAAGAGACACCCUGAACUGAACCGGAACCUGAGGUUGCACAACAUAGCAGAGCGAUUCCGUCCGACUAACCCAGAGCAGGAAUGUUCUGGGAUCUUCUGCUCUUACUGUGACUCCUCUGUACCUGCUGCUAAAUCCUGUCUCUACUGUGAGACUUCUCUGUGUGAUUAUCAUGUGCGGGAGCACAACAAGUCAGAGGAACAUGUCUUAGCUGACCCCAGAGCUUCCUUGGGCCACAGAAAAUGCUCCUUACACAUGGAACUGCUGACAUAUUACUGCACUGAAGAUGGUGCCUAUAUCUGUGCAUCUGGCCGACAGAGUGAAGAGCACAGGGAACACAAGGUGGAGACGGUCAAUGAGGCCUCUAGGAAAAAGAAGGAAAAAUUAAGUAGUAUUCUUCUUAAAUUGUCCCUGUCGAUGAAAGAGACUGAGAUACGGACUCUGAGGCUGAAGGAGCUCGGGAGAGAAGUGGCAGAAAAAGCAGCUGGUGAGACAGAGAGAGUCACUGCCCUGUUUAGAGACAUCAGGGAACAGCUGGAAGCCCUAGAGAAGCGACUCCUGAGGGACAUCUCCAGGCAAACAGAAAACAUUUUACCCCGAGUUUCCGAACAAAUCCAACAGCUGGAGAUAAAGAAGGAUGAGCUGUCCAGGAAGAUCCAUCACAUUGAGAAGUUGUGCAACAUGGCAGAUCCACUCACUGUCCUACAGGAACCGGAAUCACAUGGAGAUGAUUUUUUUGGGGCUGAAUUUGGAGAUUAUGAGACCCCAGAGAGACAUCUAGAUGUGGAAAUGAUCUCAGACACAUUACUCUCGGGGUUAUCUCUUAUAGUCACUGGAAUAAAGGAAUGGUGGCUCUAUGGGCAGGAGGCUACGGGUCUGAUACUAGAUAUAAGCACAGCGGCCAAUGAUAUAUUUAUAUCACCAGAUCUGAAAAUUGCAUCUUUUUCAAAAGCCAAGUUGUAUUGGCCAAGAACAUCAGAAAGAUUUUGGAAAUCUCAGGCUUUGAGCUGCAGGAGCUUUUCUUCAGGCCGAUGUUACUGGGAUCUUGAGGGCAGCAGAGAGUGGGCAGUAGGGGUGGCCUAUUCCAGUAUAGAAAGGCAUGGAAAUCAGUCCUGGAUUGGGUUUAAUGACAAGUCCUGGGGUUUAUGUGUAUGGAACAAUAGUUAUUCAGUGAGACAUAAUAGUGAAGUUACUGAUUUAUCUUAUGUUCCUUCCUGUGGGAUCAUUAGGAUCUCCCUGGACUAUGAAAUUGGUCUGUUGUCCUUUUAUGAGCUGAGUGAGCCAAUCAGACACUUAUACACCUUCUCUGCCAAAUUCACUGAGCCCCUCCAUGCGGCAUUCUGGGUAGGCAUUGAUAAUGCUUGGGUGAGGAUAAUCAGCUGAGGGUGCAAGAUUCUUGGAAUUCAACUCAGAGCAGCAUCUCUAUGUAAAAGGGAAAGUUGAGUAAUUCCAUGUUGCAUUAUAUUUAUUGUCGAAAGAGAAGCAAAAGCAAUGUUGAAAAGAAUAAUACAAAAGUAGUUGUCAGGAGAAAGAAAGAGGCUGAUGUUCUUC